UUUCCGGUGCGCCAUUUUAGGCUGCAUGGCGCAAGUUCCACUGGGAAGAUGGCGGGUGAAACUGGCUUUUGGUUAGUUAUUUCUUUUGGACAAUUAUGAGUUUUAUGCCGAUAACUGUUAAACGCAUCGCUGCUGUUGGUUCUGCUAAAAGCUCGACGGUGUGUUGAACCACCGCGCGUGAGGAAGAUGUCUACUGAAGUCUUGAGACCCAGGCCGGUGGCCGGUGGAGGAAGUAAGUUAGGUGAGCUGAUUGGAAAGCUCCAUGAGUACCUGUCGGCAUCUACAGAAGACAAAAAUGAACCUACUUUACCUGGACACUGGAAUGGAACUACGGCCAAAGAAUACCUGGAGCAGCAGGCUCUUGUCCAGACCGCAGAGGAGCCCAGUGGUCCCUCAGAAGUGGGAAUGUUGUCGUUGGCUCGUUCAAGAAGGAAACCGACUGUUGUCACCAAACACAGCGGGAUGAACGAGUCAGACGUUUCAUCUGAGAGUGGAGCAGAGGAUGUGAUGUCUGUCCACUCCAACGACCAUGACACUAACUUUCUACCCAAAGGAACGGCGUUUGUGCUGCCAGAGCCGGUCUUUAAUGAAGCUCGUGAUGAUUUCCGUGGUCCAGAAUUCCGCAGUAGACGUGUUUACAAGCAGCACAGAGAUGGUGACAGACGCAGAGGAGGAUAUGAGUUGGAGAGGGUAAACUGCACAGCGUGUGGUCAGCAGGUGAAUCAUUUCCAACGUGACUCAGUCUACAGGCACCCUAUGCUUAAAGUGCUUAUCUGCAAGAGUUGCUUUAAAUAUUAUAUGAGUGAUGACAUCAGCAAAGAUUCAGAGGGGAUGGACGAGCAAUGCAGGUGGUGUGCAGAGGGAGGCAGUCUGAUUGGCUGUGAUUACUGCAGUAACGCCUUCUGUAAGAAAUGUGUCCUGCGUAACCUGGGAAGAAAGGAGCUGUCCACCAUUCUGGAGGAGGAGAGGAAGUGGUACUGUUAUGUGUGCAGUCCUGAGCCACUGGUGGAGCUGGUGUUGGCCUGCGACUCUGUUCUAGAGAGCUUGGAGCAGGCUCAAAAACGAGUCUCCCGUACCGACCCAAACUCUGUCAGGGGGAGGGCGAACAAGGGUGGUCGUGGAACGGUGCCCUCUGCAGGCCUUUAUCAGCGAAUGCAGCGGUUUGUAGAUGUCACAACAUCUUUGAGUCAUUCCUUCAAGGCAGUUGUUCAAAGUGAAAGAGAGGAGGAUGGAAACCAAGAAGAGAAGGUAGAGAGAAUUGGGCAGCUACGGAUGUUCCGCGCUGUACUGGAUGAUCUGCAUGCAGCCAACAGUGCAUUACAGGAAGCCCUAGACCACGAGCUGACUGGGCCCAAACGUGCCAGUAGAGUUGCUUUAGAUAAUAAAUCAAAAGGGAGGCGUAGACCGAAGAAGGGCAUGUCAUCACGGAGCCCUGGACUCACUAAAGAGCUGGUGGUCAAACUUACUCCCGUACCAGUCAGCCCACAGCCCAUCAGCAGCACCUUUCCUUCUGUUCAUCCAUCACCUGACAGACGAAACAUGAACAUUGGAGUGACUGAUGGAACACUGGAAGAAAGUGGAGAAAAGGUGGAGAUGGAGAAAGGGAUGGAGAUGGAGGGAAUGACUGAGAGCGAUCGACACGUGGAGAAUUAUUGUGGUGAUAAUGAAGAGAAAGAGGAGGAGGAGGAGGAGGAAGAAGAGGAGGAGGAGGAGGAUCAAACUGACCCAAAAAGUUUGUCUUUAUCAGAGGAGAAUAAACGUUCUCCACGUGUAAAAACUACACCGCGCCGUCGGCGGACAAACACAAACCCCUCUGCCGAGCAUGCUGGUUUAGCUGAGGAUGACUCUGAUUCUGACGAGGUGCCUGAAGUGCUGCUCCAGACCGCUGCUGCCAUGGCGAAUAGUGAGGAAGAGGGUUUGGUAGGUAGCAGUUGGGACGGGGAUGAGGUAAACCAGCAUGUCAGAAAGCAGCGGCUGUUUGGGCUGGUAAAAACCACACCUCCCGACAGAGGAUCUCGUAAGCGGAAUCUCAAGGAGAGAUCUUCAUCGUCCUCGUCAUCCUCUUCUGCGUCUUCAAGGAGGGGCUCCCAAGACCAGGGGUCUGCAGUCAGAAUGACUAGAGGAAGAGCCCACAAAGUUGCCAGGGUGACAGGACAGAGCGGGAGUUCAUCAAGUGAGGUGGGAGGACAGGAACUGGAGAGUGGUCCGAGCAGCGACUCCGACGAUCAGAGGAUCAAACCGCUGACAGAGGGCGUCACAUUGCUGGGCUCUGGAAACUUCCAGCAGUCUUCCGGUGAUGAGAUGGACAUCCAGCCAGGUCCGUCUUUGUCUGUGGAGGACGAUGAUUUAGAAAAUAGAAUUGCGAGGCAGAUUCUGCUGGCUCAGAUCAGAGCUAACCUCUCUGAUUCUGAGCUGGACGCCAGCUCAGAUGAGCAAUCAGAGAGCACGAGAGGAGAGGAUGAGGAGAAGAAGAGCAAGAGCAAGAGCGAAGCAUCUGAGACAACAGACGAGGAAGAUAAUGAUGGCUCAGAGUCCAGUGAGUCAAAGUCAGGGUCACGCCACCGCCACCGAUUGCUGCGACAUGGUCUUACCUUAUCAGAGGCAGAAGCAAAAAGUCAAAAGCAAGGGGAGAAGAAGAGGAGUAAAAGAGAAGUCCAAGAAUUAGGAUGCGUUAUUGUGAGCAGCAGUGAUGAAACGGUUGACUCUGCCCAAUAUGAGGAACUCAGCCUUUCAGAGUCUGAGGAAAUAGGGUCCCAGUCGCCCACUCAUAAUGAGAAGCUUCAGAGUCCAUCACGCACACCUGACAAGACCACCACUGCUAAUGAUGAUGUCUCUCCAACCACUGAGGAAAGUUUGAGGAGCACCCCUCGAGGGAGAAGGCAGAUCAGACGGCUUCUAGAGGUGGGUCAGCUGGCCCGGGAGACACAGAGCGCUCUGAAAGAAGAGGAGGAGCGCAGGAAGAGAUUAGCAGAGAGAGAAAAACAAAGACUGGACCGUGAGAGGAGAGAACGGGAAGAAGCAGACCCAGAGGUCAUCUUAGUUUCUGAGAGACAGGCCACACCAUUGGUUCUUGAGCAAGAUGAUGUAACGCAAAAGCCUAUGUUGCAAGUGCACAUGGGCUUUCUGAAUAAACUUAAACCACACCAGCGAGAGGGUGUGCGGUUCAUGUGGGACUGCUGUUGUGAGUCUGUUCAGAGUGUGAAGUCGUCUCCAGGCUCCGGCUGUAUUCUGGCUCAUUGCAUGGGCCUGGGCAAGACCUUUCAGGUCAUCGUGUUCCUUCACACAGUGCUGUUAUGUAAAGAGUUGCCACUGAAGACGGCUCUGGUGGUGUGUCCUCUCAACACCGUGCUGAACUGGAAGAGUGAGUUUGACCAGUGGCAGAGGGGCUUAAGACCACACAGACUGAGGGUGGCAGAGCUGGCUACGGUGAAGUCUUUGGCUGUUCGCGUUGAGCUGUUGAAUGACUGGUUUAACAAUGGUGGCGUGAUAAUCAUGGGUUAUGAGGUUUUUCGUGUUCUGACGAACACAGAUAGCGCAAAAUACAGCAAACACAAAGAAAGCUUCCGGUCAAUUCUCCUGGAUCCAGGCCCUGAUCUGGUGGUGUGUGACGAGGGUCAUGUCCUUAGGAACGCAGACUCCAGCAUCUCAAAAGCCAUGCGAGCUAUAUGUACGCGUAGGAGAAUCAUUUUGACGGGAACACCGCUUCAAAACAACCUCACUGAGUAUCACUGCAUGGUCAACUUCAUUAAGGAGAACCUGUUGGGUUCUCUAAAGGAGUUCCGAAACCGUUUUAUUAAUCCAAUCCAAAACGGCCAGUGCGCAGACUCCACCCCGGCUGAUGUCAGACUGAUGAAGAAUAGAUCGCACGUCCUCCAUCAAAUGAUGUCAGGAUUCAUACAGAGGCGGGACUACUCAGUUUUGAUGUCCUGUUUGCCGCCCAAGCGCGAGUAUGUGCUGUCAGUCAGGAUGACACCUCUGCAGUGUCGGUUAUACACACACUAUCUGCAAACCUACAAAGGGCAAGGAGCAGGUGUGAACAGUUUGUUUCAGGAUCUUCAUGUUCUGAGUUUGAUUUGGACUCAUCCCUGGUGUCUUAAACUUGCUCAGCUGAGCAGGAAUAAGGGGAAAGAGCAAGAGCCUGCUCCUGUCUUCACUGGGCUGGAUGCAGGUUUGGAGAGAGAUUCUGUAAAGCCAAAUGGCUCUGAAAGGAUAGAUGCAAAGAUCACAGGUUUAGUGGGUGAUGGAGAGGGAAAUACUGAUCCAGUCUCCUCAGUCUGUGGGUCCAAACAAAAGCCAGAUGUCACAAACACACCCAGAAUGGAAGUUCCUGGUGGGGAAGCUGACUGGUAUCUGCCGUUUAUAACAGCAGCUGAUGCCAAGGUGCUGGAGCAUUCUGGGAAAUUACAGUUGCUACUGGAGAUUUUACACUGGGCAGAGGAACUACAAGACAAAGUGUUGGUGUUCAGUCAAUCUCUGAUAUCACUGGACCUUAUUGAGAGUUUCCUCCUAUAUGCAGAUGAGACCAGCGGGAAGGAAGGGUGUCCAUACAAAGGAAAGAAAUCAUGGGUAAGAAAUAAAGAUUAUUAUCGUUUGGACGGCAACACUAGUGCUUGUGCUCGCAAGAGAUGGGCUCAAGAGUUUAACAACACUAAAAACAUAAGAGGGAGGUUGUUUCUGAUCUCCACUCGUGCGGGGUCUCUAGGAAUCAAUCUGGUUGCUGCAAACCGGGUCGUGGUGUUUGACGCUUGCUGGAAUCCAUCAUAUGACAUCCAGAGCAUCUUCAGAGUCUAUCGCUUUGGGCAGAAAAAAACUGUAGCUGUGUACCGUUUUCUGGCUCAGGGGACGAUGGAACAGAACAUUUAUGAGCGGCAGGUUGCUAAGCAGUCUCUGUCCUCCCGUGUUCUGGACCAGCAGCAGAUUCAGAGACACUUCACACACAGUCAGCUGAACGAGCUGUACCACUUCCAGCCAGACCUACGGCCCAGUAAACACACAGAAACGCCUGCGGAUGAGGUGUUGGUCCGGCUGCUGCAGAGCUGUGAGCAGCUCAUAGUAAGUUAUCAUGAGCACAACUCAUUGUUAGACCACCGGGAGGAAGAGGAGCUGAGUGAGGAAGAGCGCAGAGCAGCCUGGGAUGAAUACCGUGCAGAAAAGAAGGCCGCUGUACAGAUCUCCAAUGAAGCCGCCUCCAGACAAGCCAAUCGGGACCUACUGCAGGCUGUGGCUUUACGAAAUGUUGGCUAUACAAGCAAGAGCGUUCCUCCAACUUCACUUCCUGUCAAACAAGGCAAUGCCCAACAUUCUGCUGCUUUGGAUGUUUAUAACAACCCCAGCAUCACCUUUCAGCUGAACCAACCCAAAGUGGUUUACUCUGUUUCAAAAGCAAAUACAUAGCCUGAUAUAGACUUGAUAUAAAAAAGGUCCAAGACCUUUUGCUACCUCAAAACUCAAGUAUGAGUAUGCUGAAAUGUAUCCGGCACAUGUAUGUCCUUUUGAGCACAAUGGGGUUCAGAAGCCUGUAUACAAAAAGACAGUUGUUAGUGUCUUUGCUAACACUUUUUAUGUUUAAAUAUUAAAAAUAUAAAAUAAUUUAGUUUUCAAAAGGUCUUAAAAGUCACCUCAA